AUGUCAGGAAAGACACCUGCAAAAGCGUCGUCGCCAGCUCCCACGCACUCCAGGGAGACCAGCUACCAAAAUGGCGUGACACACGAUCUCGACGUCCAGAGUUUAAAACAAAGGUUUCUCACCAACGAUGUAACGCCAGGUCUGCAGGGAAAGGACGUCUAUGACUCAACUUUGUCAUGGUGGCGGGCAGGCAUACGCCGCAAAUUGGUCGCGACAGUGCAGUGGGAAUCGUGGAUCAUUGCAGCAAUGCAGGAAAAAAUUCGCACUCCAUGGCUAGACGCAUAUUUUGUCUAUAGCUCAAUUCUGGGGACUCAUACUUUCUUCAUGAUCCUACUACCUGCUCUUUUCUUUUUCGGAUAUGACGAGACGGGUCGAGCCCUCCUCGCCAUUCUUGGACUUGGAAUAUAUGGAUCAUCCGUCAUCAAGGAUUUGUUCUGUUCACCUCGACCAUUUGCCCCCCCUGUAACACGCUUAACUAUUGGUUCUCACCAUUUGGAAUACGGAUUCCCCUCAACACACUCAACGAACAGCGUUUCCAUUGCACUAAUUUUCUUCGCCCAUGUACACCGCCUAGCCUCCACGCCUAUACCCAGUUCCCAAACGAUUAUAUCCACCAUUACGAAUGGCACAUCCACGAUAAUAAAUUCAAGCGACACGACUGAAUACAUGAUAUCUCCACGACUUUAUUACUUUAUCAACUUCAUUCUCUUCAUUUACGCAUUCUCAGUCGUUUUCGGGAGACUGUACACCGCGAUGCACUCCUUUACUGAUUGCAUAACGGGAAUCCUUCUUGGUGCGGGGAUAUGGUGGGCACAUACUGACUGGGCAGGUGCACCCUAUCUUCUCGAACCCAGCAACCCCCUCAACGCGCUUUGCGCGUUCUUAGGCUUCGGGACCCUGCAGCCUUCUGGUGCACUUCUUGUUUUCAUGGGGCAGGGACUCGCCGCAGGAAAAUGGAUCGAAAAGUGGAUCCAGUAUGGCGGCUGGGAAGUACCUCUCAUUCUUAUCCCGCUGUGUCUCUUCGCAGUACACGUUCACCCCCAGCCGGUGGACGACUGCCCCUGCUUCGAAGAUGCCAUCGCCAUUUUGAGCGUCGUGCUCGGUUCCCUCGUAUCGCGCUGGGCCGUGUGCUACAGCCAAGCUGGCAUGGACCUCGUCAAGAACGUCAUUAUGCCCGGCAGCGGGUGGAUAUUAGAAGCAGGCCAAUGGGUUCAAGUGGAGCGAGAAUGGAACGAUGUUUUGGUGUGGUGGACAUUCGCUGCCAUAAAAAUGUCUUUCGGAAUUCUUGUCAUCUUCGUAUGGCGGCUCCUCGCCAAAUCAGCUCUGCACAUCAUCCUGCCCCCAACGUUCCGCCUCCUCGCACGCGCGUUCCAACUUCCGCAUCGCCGCUUCUACACACCAGCCACCGAGUACAAGUCCGUGCCGUCCGAGUUCCACUCCUCCGCUGACGGAGGUGGAUUCGAGCUACACCCUAUUCCCAGUGUGAUCGACCUCCCAAGUGCUGGAAACGUCGGCAUCGAAAUAGGCGGCAUCGGAAGCGGUGUUGAGGGACACUCGGGAAGCCGCACAGUGAUGGCGAAAGACCUCAAAAUGCGCUCUGGCAACGGGCACAGAAAUGCGAACGGAGCCGCAAACGGAAAUGCCCACCCAUCCAAUGAAAAGGCGUUUAAUGGCAAGGCAGGUGUCGGGGCGCACCGGACAGAUAAGGAGAGUACGGGCAAGGAUGGACAACCUGAUGAUGUCCGACAUUAUGAUGCGGAUGUCCUUACAAAGGUGAUCGUGUACGCUGGUAUUGCAGUCAUUGCAUGCGAAGUCCUCCCUCUCGCUUUCGACCUGUUUGGUUGGGGUGUUGGCUCUCAUGUUACAAUCUUGUAA